CCCAGGCUCUGAGCUGUUAGCAGAGAGCUCAACACGGAGCUUGAACUCAUGAACUGUGACACCAUGACCUGAGCUGAAGUUGGACACUUAACUGGCUAAGCCACCCAGGCACCCCAUUUUGAUGUUUAUUUUUGAGAGAGGGGGGAGGGGGGGAGAGAGAGAGAGAGAGAGAGAAUGAGUGGGAGAGGGGCAGAGAGUGGGAGACACAGAAUCCGAGGCAGGCCCCAGGCUGUCAGCACAGAGCUCAACACAGGGCUCGAACUCACAAACCGUGAGAUCAUGACUUGAGCUGAAGUCAGACGCUUAACUGGCUGAGCCACCCAGGUGCCCCUCUUAUUUAUUUUAUGAGAGUAAACCAAGUGGGACCUGCUCUGGCCUGUGUGUGUGUGUGUGUGUGUGUGUGUGCGCGCGCGCACCUGUAUGAAUGCUUCCUGCAGGAAUUAACAUUUAAGCCAAGAACUGCAUUGUCACACAAGCCAAAGAAUGACCAUAUUUCAAGAAGUAUGGGGCUGAGGGCUUCAAAUGCUGCUGAUUCAACAUCAAAGAGAUGGUUAGGAUGAUUUUGGCAUAAGCCAAGAUGGGUUGGGCACAGGAGAGCAAAUGGUGAAGUAAAGGCAGCAAGGUGCAGAAGACUUGAGAAGCUUAGGUGGGAAGGGGAGGAAAGACAUAAGAGCAGCAGCUGUGAAGGCUAUAAAUCAGAGAGACUUUUUUUUUUAAAGAUGGGAGAGACUUAAGCAUGUUAAAUUCUGCUAGGAAGGAGCCAGCAGAGACACAUAGAGAUAAAGGUGGGAAUGGAGGGCUCAACCUGGCCAUCAUUUGUCCAUUUAAGAAGUAUUACCAAGCACCUACCCUGUGCCAGGCACUUUGAAAAGGGCUGACAAGGUCCUUGCUUUCAUGGAACUUACUUUCUAUGGAGGAAGGCAAGGAAUAAGUAAACAAGAUAAUUUCAGCUAAUGGUAAGUGCAAUGAAGAAAUAAAAUGGGGUGAUAUGCUAAUGAAGGGGUGCAACUUUAGGAAGGGUGAUGUAGCAAGGUUCAGGGUGCUGUAAAGGAGUGCAGGUGUCGGAUGGCCUGGGGGAGCUGAGCCAUCUGCAGAGCCAGGGUUCAGUGAGGGAGGCCUGGUUAUGGGGGAAGGAAAUGGUCAGAAAAAAGGAGGAAGGACACGGGGAGUUUGCCAAUGAGCGGGGCUAGUUCCAGAGACCCGUUGGAGCAGACGCAGAGUGUCAGAGGGCGGAUGACCUUGGGGUUACCUUUUGGGUCAUGACAGGUCAGUUGCAAACUGCACAUCUGGCUCUGGGCAGCCCCCAGGUGCUCAGACUCAACAUUACUAACCACAAACCCAUCUCCUUCCCGCCAAUCCUUUUUUAUUUUUUUAAUGUUUAUUUUUGAGAGAGAGGGGCAGAGAUGGGGGACAGAGGAUCCUGAAGCGGGCUCCACACAGACAGCAGCGAGCCUGACACAUCACAGCAGAGCAAGUGUGAUGCCUGGUGUUGGAGGGAGCCUGACAUGGGGCUGGAGAUCAGGACCUGAGCCCAAGUUGGUUGCUCAACGUACUGAGCCACCCAGGCACCCCCCUCUGCUCUCCCGCUACCCCCCCCCCCCCCACUGCCAAUUCUGCUUCUAACUUCCUGGUCUUGAGGGUGGAGCUAUCAUUCUCCUAAUCCCAAGGACUGGCAGCCUCAGUUGUGAUGGAUUGCUCCUGUCUCCCCUCUGAGACAGGACUGGGCCAAAACAUCCAAGAAGAGCCAAAGGGCUCCCAAACCAAUCCUUCCUGCUCUGGGGCCCCAUAUCUUCCCAUCGUUUGCACCUCCUUGCCUCUCAAUCCUCCUCUCCACUGCUUCCUUUGCCUGUAGGGAGCUCCUGGAACAAAGAGAAGAUGGGAGAUGAGUCCAGGAGGGAGAACCAAUUGCCUGGGGAGGCUGGAAUCACAAGGAAUGUGGCCUUGUGUUGGAGUCAGCAGUAAGGGCCCAGCUAGGGGAACAGAGGCAGAGGUGAGGCUACACCUGCCUGCCUCUGUCCUCACUUCCUUGCACCAUCUCCCCUCAGGCUGAUGCCUUUGGAGCCCUGCCUGCUCCCCCAGGGUUCCUCCUUUCUUUUCCGCCUGCUCCCCAGACACCCUCCAGAGUGAACCUGCUCAGUCCACUUCUAUGUAGCCUGUGAACCACUUUAAGGGGGGUUGGCGGUUAUACUGGAAGCAGCAGGAAACCUCAGAGGCAACUCCAUUAAGAACUGGCCUGGGUUAGACGAUGGUUUUGGUGCCAUGUUUGAGAGGUGGGAUGGGGAAGAAGGAUGUGAGGACAUCUGACCAGAGUCUGGUCACCUGCCGACCUGCACGCUUGGGCUCCUCUCCAGGCUUGUCUCUGCCAAGGCCUAUUCUUCUGUGUUGCCUGAGGCACAAGGGCUCUUGUCCCCAGGACAAAAGGUGGUGUAAGAACUAGGUGGGAGGAAUUUGAAUUCUACCACCUGUAGGGCCCGGUGUGGCCCCUGCCCCCUGCCCGCUGUGGCCUCAGAUGUGGGAGGGCGCUCUAGCAUUUAGCUGGAGAAUAAGCAGCUGGUGUUCUUGAGGAAGCAGUUGCUGUAUCCACACAGGUUCCACGAUGUCCGGGGUAGCUUGGCUGUUUUACUCCAUGCUGGUGCUGCUCCUGCUGGCCCUGCUGGGGGCUGCUCUGUUCUUCUGGCAGCAUACUCCAGCAAGGAACAAGAUCCCCAGGGCACAGAGGCGUAGAGUGGUAGCUUUGCAGCAGAUGGAGGCACUGGCAAAGCGUCUCCGGCAGCAGGAGCCAUCCCUGGACCCCAAGCCCAUCCUGGAGCUGCCCCUGGAGACACUGGUCCAGAAGCUGCAGGAUGAAGAACUCAGUGUGGAGAGCGUCCUGUGUAGCUACUUAGAGGAGGCACUGAAGGUACACCAGGAGGUGAAUUGCCUGACGGAUUUCCUGGGUGAGUGUGAGGAGCAACUACAGGCAUUGAAGAAGCUUAGGAAGACUGAGAGAGGCCUUCUUUAUGGGGUUCCUGUCAGCCUCAAGGACCCCUAUGACUGCAAGGGCCAUGAUUCUACAUGUGGUCUGACCCAGUUCCUGGAGAAGCCAGCGGCCAAGGAUGGGGUCAUUGUGCAAGUGCUCAAGGCUCAAGGAGCUAUUCCCUUUGUUAAGACCAACAUCCCUCAGACACUGUACAGUUUUGAUUGCAGCAACCCCAUCUAUGGACAGACUCUGAACGCUCUGAACUUAAAGAAGACACCAGGGGGCUCCUCAGGGGGUGAGGGAGCCCUGCUGGCAAAAGGAGGUUCCAUCCUGGGCAUGGGUACUGACACUGCUGGCAGCAUCCGCGUACCAGCCAGCUUUUGUGGUAUCUGUGGCUUCAGGACCACAGGAUACCGCCUCAGCCUCUCUGGAGUUUCCAGUGCUGUCAAAGGCAAGAUAUCAGAUAAGCUCCUGUCUGUGCUUGUGCCCAUACCCAUUCAAAGAUACACUUGCCAGCCUUCCUCCCAAGGACAUUUCACUCAGCCCCUAUCUGAGACAGAUUAGCCCCACUAAUGAUAAAGAAUGGAUCCCACCAGGCCUCCCCUAGUCCAAUGAGAAGUGCUUCCUACUAUCU